AUGUACUCAUGCCCCGCCGCGCGCCGCCCCUUCGUCUGGCCCCGCCGCCCGCCGCCCCUCGCUCCGACGCGGCAGCCUCGGCUCCCGGGCGCCAGGUCUGGGUCCUCCAGCGUCGCCGCGAUGAAGAAGGUGGUUCAGCAGCUCCGGAUGGAGGCCGGGCUCAACCGCGUGAAGGUUUCUCAGGCAGCUGCAGACUUGAAACAAUUCUGUCUGCAGAAUGCUCAACAUGAUCCACUGCUGACUGGAGUGUCUUCAAGUACAAAUCCCUUCAGACCCCAGAAAGUCUGCUCCUUUUUGUAG